CGCAGUGGGGAGCGGUUCGUGGCUAGGUUUGGUGCUGGCUGCAGUCUCGGUCUGAAGGCGGCCGGCUUGAGCGCCUGUCUCCCCGAAGAUGAGGCUUCUGCUGCUUCUCCUGGUGGCGGCGUCGGCGGUGGUCCGCAGCGAGGCCUCUGCCAACCUGGGCGGCGUGCCCAGCAAGAGAUUAAAGAUGCAGUACGCCACGGGGCCGCUGCUCAAGUUCCAGAUUUGUGUAUCCUGAGGGUACAGGCGGGUGUUUGAGGAAUACAUGCGGGUUAUUAGCCAGCGGUACCCAGACAUCCGCAUCGAAGGAGAGAAUUACCUCCCUCAACCAAUUUAUAGACAUAUAGCAUCUUUCCUGUCAGUCUUCAAACUAGUAUUAAUAGGCUUAAUAAUUGUUGGCAAAGAUCCUUUUGCUUUUUUCGGCAUGCAAGCUCCUAGCAUCUGGCAGUGGGGCCAAGAAAAUAAGGUUUAUGCAUGUAUGAUGGUUUUCUUCUUGAGCAACAUGAUUGAGAACCAGUGUAUGUCGACAGGUGCAUUUGAGAUCACGUUAAAUGAUGUGCCGGUAUGGUCUAAGCUGGAAUCUGGUCAUCUUCCAUCCAUGCAACAACUUGUCCAAAUUCUUGACAAUGAAAUGAAACUCAAUGUGCACAUGGAUUCAAUACCACAUCAUCGAUCAUAGCCCUACCUAUCAGCACUGAAAACUAUUUUACACUAAGGGAUUUGCAAGAGCAGCGUGACUGACAUUAUGAAGGCCUGUACUGAAGACAGCAAGCUGUUAGUACAGACCAGAUGUUUCUUGGCAGGCUCGUUGUACCUCUUGGAAAACCUCAGUGCAAGACAGUUUUUCCAUUGCUGGCACAUGUUGAAUUGUGCACACCGUGGAGUGCAAUGACGCUGUGUAGCUUUCCCGAGCCCACCGUUAACUGUUUGUUCUUCUUACGUGGCAUUACUACUUGUAACUCUUUUCUUGGUCAUGUUUGAGAAAAUACACAGUUGAGUUACAACUUGA